AUGUACCAGGAAGCAGGAAAACUGCAUCAACUUUCCAAAGCGCAUCUUUGUUACCAAUGUGCCGUUCUCCGUUUGUUGCAGCAACCACCAUUGCCAGUCAUCGCGUCUAGCCGUUGUUCGCGACACCUCCGCGCACCAGAGGAAUCGCGCAGAGACGCAGCAGCUACAGUCCGGAGUCUAUAUCGCCUGAAGGAGGAUGGAGAGGCAGCAGAGGCACCGAUGCUUCAUUCUCAACUCGGAAAACGCACUGUUUUCCGUUCUCCCCAUUUGUAUGGAACUUCUGCUUCAUUCCAAUUCCAUGGCAGCAAAGGUUUCAUUGCUUCAUCAAUACCGCCGAAACGGACAGCCAACUUCAGCUCAACGACAUGGUACGCCGACAAGGAGGGAGAAGAAGCGGCAUACGCUUGUGCUCUACGAAAAUGCGUGGAGACUUCCAACUUAGGUUACGCGAAAGCAAUCCACGCAAAGCUCUUCAGGACGCCCCGCAUGGCUUUCUCUCUGUAUCUCCACAACCAUGUUCUCAAUGCAUAUGUGAAAUGCGGGGACAUAGGGGGCGGACUCAAACUGUUCGAUGAUAUGCCGGAGAAGAACGUUGUAUCUUGGACUGCCCUCAUUGCGGGCUUCGUGCAAAAGGGUUUUCCUGUUGAGGCGUUCUCUUCGUUUUUUAGGAUGCACAGCAGUGGAAUAAAGCCGAAUGAGUUCACCUUUGUGAGCGCACUUCAUGCGUGUUCAUUUGCGGAUUCUUUGAGCUUGCUACACUUAUGUCAAGUGUAUGGGUUGAUUGUUAAGUUUGGUUUUGAGUCUAAUAUUUAUUUAGUGAAUGCUUUCUUGACGGGUUUGUUAAGGCAUCAUAGAUUAGAAGAAGCAAAGGAGGUGUUUGAGAAUUGUUCAAAUAAGGAUAAUGUGACCUGGAAUGCUAUGCUGGAUGGUUACGUGCAGCUUUGCUGCUCAGAAUUACCUAGGUUUUGGCUUAGGAUGAUAAGAAAUGGUGUUGGACCUGAUAAAUUCACUUUUUCAAGCGUGCUUACCGGAUUGGCUGAGCAUCCGAACCUUGAAAUGGGUGUGCAAGUUCAUGCUUGGCUCAUAAAGUGUGGCCAUGGGAGUGAAGUGUGUGUGGGGAACUCUUUGGUGGAUAUGUAUUUGAAGAGUCAAAGAUUGAGUGAAGGGUUGAAAGCAUUUGAGGAGAUACACUUAAAAGACGUGCGCUCCUGGACUCAAAUGGCUGCAGGGCUUUUGAAUUAUGAGAAGCCAAGCUGGGCUCUUCAGGUUGUUGGAAAGAUGAGAAUGGCUGGUGUGAGGCCUAAUAAAUUCACUCUUGCAACUGCGUUUAAUGCAUGUGCCAAUCUGGCAUAUUUGAAAGAGGGGGAGAAGCUUCAUGGGUUGAGAAUCAAACUGGAAUAUGAUAUUGAUGUUUGUGUGGAUAAUGCCUUGCUUGACAUGUAUGCAAAAUGUGGGUGCAUGGAUGGUGCUUUCAUGGUUUUUAAAUCAAUGAAUGAGCGCACCAUUGUUUCAUGGACAGCAAUGAUAGCGGGGUAUGCACAAAAUGGAUGCCCAAAAGAAGCCCUUGAAAUCUUCCAUGAAAUGAGGAGCAGAGGGGUGGAGCCUAAUGUUAUUACCUUAAUAUGUGUGCUUUAUGCUUGUAGCCAAGGGGGGCUUAUUGAUGAAGGGUGGAGUAUUUUCUCUUCAAUGAGCCGCGAAUAUGGUAUUGUUCCUAUACAAGAUCAUUAUGCAUGUAUGGUGAAUCUCCUUGGCCGUGCCGGGCGUAUCAAGGAAGCUGAGGAAUUAAUUCUGGGAAUGCCAUAUCAACCAGGUUUGUUGGUCUGGCAAACCUUGCUUGGGGCAUGUGUGCUUCAUGGGGAUACAGAAACUGCUAAGCGAGCUGCAGAGAAAGCGUUAAAUAUUAACAAAAACGAUCCUGCAACGUAUGUAUUGUUGUCAAACACAUUUGCUAGUUUGCACCAUUGGGAAAACGUGGGAAAUCUGAGAGAAAUCAUGGAGAGUAGGGAAGUUAAGAAAAUCCCUGGUUCUAGUUGGCUUGAAAUAAACAGAGGGAAAUCACUACUUGAAGCACUUGGAGAAUAUGCAUAAAGAGAAAUUGACAAUGAUGGAAUGUUUUAGCACCAUAGUAGUCUUCUCACUGGUGAUAACUCAAAUGAAAAUUCCCUUGUACAAUAGAAUGGCAGUGAAAGUGCAAUCCAUUCCACCAAGAUUGAACUUGCUGUGUCUUCAAUGUAUAUUAAUGGAUAGUACAUGGAUUUUCCUCCCUCUCAUGGUUGUAGAAAAGGUAUCAUGUUGCCCGCAUGAGCAGCUCAAUUAGCCACAGAGAUGAAAUUUGUCACAAGAGACCAAGAAUCGAGUCUAAUUAGCGGCAAUGUGAGAGUAAUCUCUCAAAAUGGUGGGGGCUCCUUGUACGCAGUGAGCAAAAAGUCUAGUCUCUGUUGGUCAGUUGAGUCACCGUGAUUUAUUCCUUCACAAACAGUCGGGUCAGGGUGUGUGGGCGCAUGAGGUGGGCGAUUCCACAUUUUGUCACAAGAAAAGGUAACAUGUCAGAUGCUCUUUAAUGAAGGAAAGAGAACAAACAAUUAAAGAAGUGGAACUUUCAAUAUUUGUGAUGCAAAGUAUUCUUUUAGUAGACUCAAAGGUUCUUUCUUAACCUAGCAGUCCUAGCUGUACGGAUGGGACUAUAAUAUUGAAAGAAAAGUAUAGAACCUAAACCUGAAGGGAAAAGAAGAUAGGAAUUACUAGCCUUAGACUCAAGUUGGACUAGAGUGAAGAUUUUAUUUCUUCGAAGAGUCAUGUAAUACAUUUUCUCUUCUUAUUUGAGAUAUAUUAUGUGCAAUUAAGAAGCCACUUCUUGCUAGUCUCUGGCUGUGAAAUAUAAAGGUUAUUGUGGGUUAUCAGCAGUGCUAGACUCAUCCUCAUCAUGGGUCAAUAAUUAAGUUUUGAUUGAACUUUGAAA